AGGCGGCAGGCCCGGCCCGCCCUCGGCGUGAGCGCCUCCGCGGCCCGGGUCCUCGCGCCCUGCCUGCGCCCCGCCGCCACCGCUGCCGCCCGGCCGGAGCAUGGAGACGGCAGAGAAGGAGUGCGGCGCCCUAGGCGGGCUCUUCCAGGCCAUUGUCAACGACAUGAAGAGCUCCUACCCCAUCUGGGAGGACUUCAACUCCAAGGCCACGAAGCUGCAUUCCCAGCUGAGGACCACUGUGCUGGCUGCUGUGGCCUUCUUGGAUGCCUUCCAGAAAGUGGCUGACAUGGCCACCAACACCCGAGGGGCCACGCGGGACAUCGGCUCGGCGCUCACGCGCAUGUGCAUGCGCCACCGCAGCAUCGAGACCAAGCUGCGGCAGUUCACCAAUGCGCUGCUGGAGAGCCUCAUCAACCCGCUGCAGGAGCGUAUUGAGGACUGGAAGAAGUCGGCCAACCAGCUGGACAAGGACCACGCAAAAGAGUACAAACGAGCCCGGCAUGAGAUCAAGAAAAAGUCUUCGGACACGCUGAAGCUGCAGAAGAAAGCACGCAAAGAGCUACUGGGGAAAGGAGACCUGCAGCCCCAGCUGGACAGUGCCCUGCAGGACGUGAAUGACAUGUACCUGCUGCUGGAGGAGACGGAGAAGCAGGCGGUGCGCCGGGCCCUGAUUGAGGAGCGCGGCCGCUUCUGCACCUUCAUCACCUUCCUGCAGCCUGUGGUGAACGGCGAGCUGACCAUGCUGGGAGAGAUCACCCACCUGCAAGGUAUCAUCGACGACCUGGUGGUGCUGACCGCGGAGCCCCACAAGCUGCCCCCCGCCAGUGAACAGGUGAUCAAAGACCUAAAGGGCUCAGAUUACAGCUGGUCCUACCAGACUCCACCGUCAUCGCCCAGCAGCUCCAGUUCCCGGAAGUCCAGCAUGUGCAGUGCCCCCAGCAGCAGUAGCAGUGCCAAGGGUGGCGGAGCCCCGUGGCCUGGGGGUGCCCAAACAUACUCACCCGGUUCCACCUGUCGCUACCGCAGCCUGGCGCAGCCAGCCACCGCCACUGCCCGCCUCUCCAGCAUCUCCUCCCACGACUCUGGCUUCAUCUCCCAGGAUGCCACCUACUCCAAGCCCCCCUCACCCAUGCCUUCAGACAUCACCAGCCAGAAGUCCUCCAGCUCUGCAUCCUCCGAGGCCUCAGAAACCUGCCAGUCCGUUAGCGAGUGCAGCUCUCCGACCUCGGACUGGGCCAAGGCCAGCCCUCACGAGCAGCCCUCCGGCACCACCCUGCAACGGAGGAAGGACCGAGUGGAGCUCCUCCGAGACACAGAGCCAGGCCCAGCCAGCGGGGGCGCCCUGGGCCCCAGUGGAGAGGAAGCCCCACGACCCCGCAUGUCCCCUGCCACUAUCGCAGCCAAGCACGGUGAGGAGGUGUCCCCCGCAGCCAGUGACCUGGCCAUGGUGCUGACCCGAGGCUUGAGCCUGGAGCACCAGAAGAGCAGCCGGGACUCACUGCAGUACUCCAGCGGCUACAGCACGCAGACAACCACGCCCUCGUGCUCCGAGGACACCAUCCCCUCCCAAGGCUCCGAUUACGACUGCUACUCAGUGAACGGGGAUGCAGACACGGAGGGCCCGCCGGAAUUCGACAAGUCAUCCACUAUCCCCCGCAACAGCAACAUCGCCCAGAACUACCGACGCCUGAUCCAGACCAAGCGCCCGGCCUCCACCGCGGGGCUGCCCACCUCCGGGCUGCCCACCGCCUCGGGUGCACCCCCCGGCGUGGCCACCAUCCGCCGCACACCCUCCACCAAGCCCACAGUGCGCCGUGCGCUCUCCAGCGCCGGCCCCAUCCCCAUCCGGCCGCCCAUUGUCCCUGUGAAGACGCCCACAGUGCCCGACUCCCCCAGCUACCUGGGGCCCACGAGGGCGGGCAGCGAGGAGUGCGUCUUCUACACCGAUGAGGCCGCCUCGCCUCUGGCGCCGGACCUGGCCAAGGCCUCCCCAAAGAGGCUCAGUCUGCCCAACACAGCCUGGGGCAGCCCGUCCACCGAGGCAGCCAGCUACUCCGGGCAGGGCUCCGGACUGGCAGCUGAGGACGAGGAGCAGCAGCAGCAGCUGGCCGCCAACCGGCACAGCCUGGUGGAGAAGCUCGGGGAGCUGGUGGCGGGCGCCCACGCCUUGGGGGAGGGCCAAUUCCCCUUCCCCACUGCCCUGUCAGCCGCGCCCGUGGAGGAGACGCCCACCCCACCCCCAGCCGCCACCAGUGACCCCCCAGCUGAAGACAUGCUGGUGGCCAUCCGGCGUGGGGUGCGGCUCCGCAGGACCGUCACCAAUGACAGGUCGGCGCCCCGCAUCUUGUGAUGGUGCCAGCCUCCCACCCUCUGGCCUGGGUGAGGCAGGUGGCCCAGCAGGCGGGCAGUGGCCGCUCAGAGAAAAGGCACAGUCAGGAGAGAGCAGAGCCAGGCAAGCUUUUUUUUUUUUUUUUUUUUUUUUUAAAGUCACACAAGGCAAAGCCACUUUAGGGAAAGAGACACCCAGCUGGAAUUUCAGCAUUUAAACAAGAAGUGACUUCUCUAACAAACCUCACCAGAACAGAGCCUACAGACCUUGAACUGGAUUUGGAGCCUGUUUCCUAUUUUCUUGCCUACUCCUGUUCCUCCUUUCAGGCCCGGCCGUUUCCACAUGUCGGGGAGCCCCGGAGCCGUGCUCCCUGCCCACCGCGGAGGGGCCAGGCCAGCCUCUGGCCAUCCCAUCGGCCUGGCUGGGCCCACAGGGCCACGGCUUAGCUAGCCCAGCCCACCUUCUCCCCGUCUCCCCAGGGUCGGAGCCCUCGGGCUUCUCCGGAAUGCUGGUCCCUCCCCGCGGACGCAGCCCCCUCAUCUUCCCUCUCCCUUCCCUGGGCCUCUCCCAGGCCCCUCUCCCUCAGGGAGGCAGUGUGGCCGUGGAAGGUCAGGGGCCCAGUCAGCCAAGCAUCUGAUUUGACCCGAGAGCACAGAGCGGCUGGCGGUCUGGGAGGUCGGUUGAAGUUAGGAAUGAGCCCACCCAUGGGAGAAGGGGGCCACGGGCCUAAGUCAGUUCUGUGGGGAAGAAACACGGGGAGCUUCUGGAAGGAAGCUGGGGAUCCUGAAGCAGCCUCCCCUUCCCCAAGGUGUGGCAGAGGUAGGGGCUGGACAGCAGGGAAGGAGUCCAGAGGCCUGGGGGGCAUCUAGUCCCCCAGGAGCUGCUUUCGGAUCCCACUGUCAUUUGGGCACAUGGAGACUUUAAUUCCAGUAGCACUUUGGUCAUGGUUUCGGCCACCUUUGGGGGCUUGGGGCUGGAGUUAGAGUUGGGGGGAGGGUUCUUUUGUGAAUAUGUAAUAAAAUGGAGCUGACUGGACAAGGACUACGUGUGGGGACAGGGUAGUGGGGACAGGGUGUGUCCAAGAGUGCCUGAGGGACAGGACGCCCCACCGUGGCCUGGAGGGCCCAUGGCAGGAGGGGGAGGGCCAAAAUGGCUCCCAGGGGGCCGCUGUCUCCUCCUGCGGCUGGAGCAAAGCCAAAACCAGUUUGGAAAGGGCUGGGCCUUCUGCUGGUCUGCUGCCGACCAGGGUCGGGGGUAAGGGAAGAGCCAGGGGAGAUUGGCUUUGACUCUCUGUUGUCAGAGGAGAUGCCAUCCCAGGGUGGCCCCUGGCAUCCCUGUUCUGUGCGGGAGUGGGGGGGAGGGGGUGCACCCUUCUGCCCCCAAACCGUGUCACGCCACCUCUAAGCAGGUAAAAGUAUGUGUGCCAAGGGCGAGUGGAGGGCUUCUUGUGUUGCCUCCCCCCCCCCCGCCCCCCACUAAAGGGCAGCAGGGUCACGGGGCAGGGGCCUCCCGGGGUCAGGAGAGCUGGCUUUUCCUGGUCUGGACGGGGCUGGGGUUCCUGGCAGCCCCUGUGCCGGGAACUGGGGGCCAGGCGGGGCGGCAAGGCGGCUCUGGGGACCCAAGGAUACCCCUGAGUGGAUAGAGCCCCACGGGGCCCCCAAAGGCGGGCGGAGAACGGUACCUGUAAGUCGCUAGGUCUGAGAAAGGAGCCUUGCUGAACGCACCACACCUGGAGGAGGGUCCGGGAGAGGGCGGGCCUUCGGGCGGGGAGAGCGGGGCCGUUUUUGAAGCCUUGGGGGCGGGGCUUGCACUGCCCUCCCCCCAGGGCUUGCCCAGGUGGGCUGAGGUAAGAUGCAGGUCAUAUGAGCAGGGUAAGGGGCCGUGCGGUGGGUGGGGGUGUAGCUGAGUCCCCAGGAGGAAAAGCUUGCCCCCUGGGGAAGAGGGUGGCUUCCGAGACCCAGAGAGGGGGUGGGUGUGGCACAGCUGCCCCCCACACCCAUAGUCCAGUGGCCCCCUUCCCCUCCAGGCCACCCCGGGGCUGUACAUAACUCCUCCAUCCCCCGAGCACCUCUCGUCCAUUUAGUGACCACCUUGUAGGCCCACCCCUUUGGGAUCUGAGCCAACCAUCCCGCAUCACAAACUUUGGUUUGGGGGACUUCUUUAUGUUUGUUUCAUUUUUCUUUUUGUACAGAAAAACAUUCUUUUCAAAAGCGUCUUUUGACUGAAGUAACUUUCUGGUGCUGUUGUUAACUUGUUCCUUUUUUUUUAAUUUAUUUCCCCACCACAGGCUUCCCCUCCGGGUUCCUACUCACAUUUUCUUCCCUCCACCACUCGCCCCACCCCCACCCCCCCAUCUGAACCAUUUUGUUUCCUUUCUUUCCAUCCUUUUUUUGGGUAAAUUAUCCUCUUCUCCCCACCUCCCCGCCACAACUCACCCUCCCCUUGAUUUAAAUAGUCACUGCUACAAGUAACAAAUGCACUGUGAAGAUUCCAGUAUUAAUAAAGUUGUACUGUAAUUAACA